AUGAGGAGGGAGUCCCUGCUCUUGUCCACGCUGCCCUGUGGCCUGGCUGGCCCCACACAUCUCUUCCUGCCGCGCCUGGUGCUGGACGUGGCCAAGGUCCUGCUGGGUGCCUACUGCUUCCCAGAGAGCCGGGUGGGAUGCAGGGACCAUCGGCCGGCCAAGAGUCAUGAGAGCCUGGGCACCUCGGACCCUCGGACACUGGCCCACGUCCUGACGGCGGCAGGAGUGCAGAGCUCCUUGAAUCACCCCUCCUGGUCACCUCCUAUGCGCCUCCGGCAAGUCCCAGCACUCACCGACCUCACACAAGAGGAACUGCCUGGGGUACAAAAGGGCAUCCGCCAUGAUGUCCUGGAGGGCAACGUGGUCCUGCGGGUGGACAACAUCCUGAGCCAGGCGGUGGUGAGCAAGCUCGGGGGCUUCCUGGCGGCCAGUGUCCGGAGGGAGCUCAGGGCCUGCACCGGGGCAUUUCUGGCAUCCCCUACCAUCUCCUACCUCUCCUACCUGCACCCAGGAAACUCGGCCCUGCACCUGGACGCCAUCUACGAGAGCCCCUCCAAUACAACCACCGAGAUCGGGACCCUGCCCCAGGUCCUGGGGGGAGGUGCAGUGCCCACAAGGAGGUGGUGGCCCUCACCAGCGGCCCCCCUUGCUGGAGUAGCGAGGACAUGCACACAUCCUCAGAGGCGCAGGGCCGUCGCGGUGGGCAAGCGAACCCCAGGCCUGGGCCUCCUGACGCUGAGGCUAGGCCAGUCCCAUUUCUUCCUCACGGUGCCUGUGUCCAGGCCCGGGGCCCCUGGGCGGGACAGCCCGCUGUGGGAAGGCAGACCCAGGCUCCUGGUGUGGGCCGUCAGGCCCCAGGAACCUCCGCGGAGCCUGAGCCUGGAGCCGCGGCCCCCCCAGCGGUGUCCCAGUGGUGCAGGAGGAGAAGUUUCCCGGCAGGCCCUGGGGGACUCCGGGUUCCAGGGGUUUAUGCUGCUGGGCCAUGUGGGCUACUCGCUUCGGCCACUUUGCCAAGGCCUCUGUGCUGGGGUGCUGGGCCCGUGCAUCCUGCAGCAGGUGUGGGGGCCUCUGCGCCGCGAGCCCCUGAUGGUGGACCUGUGCAGGAACCCCGUGGGAGGGCCGUCCUCUGAGGUGUCCCUGCUGCUGUCCUUCCCAGGGCCUGAACGCCAGGUUGUGUGCCUCUUCACCACCUAGGACCGCAGCACCAAGGUCACAUGAGAGCACUUCAGCCUGGGGGCGGGGGCGGUUGCUGGGCCAGCACUGUGGCUCCUGGGCUCACCACCAAAUGGCCAGGCCACCAAGGAGCUGGACUUCCUCCUGCCGUCGCCGGGCUGGGCCACGCUGGUGGGCGAGAUCACCGCGGGCAGCCCGCUGCACAGCGCACGUGCCCCUGCUGCAGACCCCGAGGACGGCCUGGCGCUCACGGUGCCCCUGCUCACCCUCAUCAGCAACCGCCACGAGCACUGGCUCGGGGGCGGCGAGGCGCCGCAUGCCAUCCGGCUGGCCAAGGAGGCCCUGGACAGGGCCCAGGAGUGCUGGUGUUCCACCGGGGCCUGGAGCCUUGGUAGAGGGCACGCGUGUCUGCUGGAGGCUCACUGAGCACAGCCUGAGGCUGUUGGGCAGAUCGGAGACCUGCUAUGAGCCAAGCUGGCAGGGGGCGCCUACCACACAGCCAUGGACCUGGAGUCCUUGGCUUCCCAGCUCACGGCUGACCUGCCUGGGGACCACCAUGCUCUGCUGCUGCAAGAGGAGGCGCCCCCUCUCCUGCCCGCUGCUCCCCCAGGAACCCUCCUACCCCAUCCGGGCCUGUUCAAGAGGGAGGUGCCACGCCGGCUGGGCUACUUGGGCUUUGAUGCCAUGGCUGAGCUGGAGACCAUGAAGGUCGGGCCGCAGCUGGCGCAGCUGGUGUGGCAGAGGCUGGUGGACAGGCCGGCCACGCUGGUCAUCGAUCUGUGCUGCAACCCUGGCAGCUACUCCACGGCGGUGCCCCUGCUCUGUUCCUGCUUUUGUGAGGCAGAGCCCUGCCAGCACCUCUACUCUGUCUUUGACAGGGCCACCUCGAGGGUCACAGAGGUGACCCUGCCCCAGGAGACCAGUCAGCACUACGGCCCCCACAAGGACCUGUACAUCCUGAUGAGGAUGUGUGCAUGUCCUCGCUACGACCAGCAGGUCGGCAGCCAAGGCUUUUCUCACACCAUGCAGGACCUGCGGCAGGCCACCGUCAUCGGGAGCACAGCUGGAGGGACGCUCUCGGUGGGCAUCUACCAAGUGGACAGAAGUCCCUUAUAUUUCUCCAUGCCCACGCAAAUGGCCCUGAGCACCAGUGGCGAGGCCUGGGACCUGGCAGGUGUAGAGCCCGACGUCACCGUGCCGUGAGCCAGGCCCUCUCCCGCCCGGGACAUAGCGGGCCUGCGCAUCUAGGUGCCCCCUGUGCUGCAGACCGCCGGGAAGCCGGUCCCCCGACGUGGCUGCCAAACAGAUCUGCAGAGCCGUUAUUCGAGGGUGACCUCUGAAGUGGCGCUGGCUGAGAUGCUGGGGGCUGAUCUGCAGGAGCUGUCUGGACCACACCUGAAGACAGCCCAGAUUCCUGAGGGUGCAAGGCGACGGCUUCCAGACUUCUGGAUCUCUCCAUCUCAGAUCCCUUCCCCCAAAGUCUUUGAAGACCUGAAAUUUUCCUUCCACACUAACGUGCUUGAGGACAACAUUGGCUACUUGAGGUCUGACAUGUUUGGAGACUGUGAGCUGCUCACCCAGGUCUCAGAGCUGCUGGUGGAGCAUGUCUGGAAGAAGAUUGUACACAGGGAUGCUAUGAUUAUUGACAUGAGGUUCAACAUCGGUGGCCCUACCUCCUCCAUUUCCUCCCUGUGCUCCUACUUCUUUGACAAAGGCCCUCCCAUUCUGCUGGACAAAAUCUACAGUUCCAACGACUCUGUCAGUGAGCUCUGGACCCACACCCACUCGCAGGACUUGGACGUCCACCGUGGAGCCUCUGAGCAGGAUGGCCUGGAGUUCACCCACAUCAUGAGGAGGCGGGGCUGCGCAUUGCUCACUGGGGAGGGGACCAGCAGCAGCUGCCAGCCUCCACAGACCUGCCGCGGGCACGACACACACCUCUACAUCACAGCCACGGCCCGCUCAGUGGGGGCUGCGGAUGGCAGCUCCUGGGAAGGGGUGGGCGUGGUGCCCCACAUGGCUGUCCCUGCGAAGCGGCCCUCACCAGAGCUCCUGCUCACUGAGGAGGGCGAGGCAGAGCCCAGGCCAGCAGGGCCACCUGUCGGGCCUCCGUGGGCACAGCCCUGGCGUGGGCGAGACCCCUGGCCCCACACCAAGGGAACUCAGGUACUCGGUCCUGAUGAGGGCCCCGAGGGGCAGGAAAGGGCCCGCUGA